AUGGGAACCCACGAGGCAAAGACGGCGACCAUUUCGCACUAUCGUGACUGGCCAAACGCCAUGGGGUUCGAUGCAAACUAUGAAGAGAAGACCGCUGUUGAGCUGAGGGUGCAAGGUAUCAUACCGGCCUACGCCACUGGCACUCUGUUUCGUACAGGUCUGGGGCCACGGACGAUCAGCACAUCGAAGGACACUGAGUUCAAAACCAACCACUGGUUCGACAACUUCUCGCAGAUUCAUCGUUUCCAGAUACACGCGCCCCAGGUGGAUUCGCAAGUGCGAAUCACUUACAAUUCUCGCUUGGUCAGCGAUGGCCUGAUUGAAAAGAUUAAACAGACCGGAAAGCUAGAUGGCUUCACAUUUGCCGCAAAGUACGAUCCCUGCAAAUCCUUAUUUCAGAAAGUCCAGGCUGUAUUUCAGCCAUCGGCGCCUCCCCCGAAGCCGAACGAAGUCAACGCUGCAGUAACCAUGUCAGUCAAUCUCCCUGGCUUUACAAGAGAUGGCCAUCGAGCAAAGGGUCCGCAAGAACCCAGCCGCGGUAUGACUCUGUGCAAUAAAACCGAUGCCAACAUUUUGCAAUUCCUUGAACCGGAGACUCUCGAGCCCCUGGGCAUUGCUCACCAGAGCGUUCUUCAUCCUGACCUCAAGGGCGCUGGGAGUGGUGCACAUGCGAAGUCAGACCCUGCCACAGGAGAUGUCUUCAACUAUAAUCUCGACUUUGGUCGAACUGGGACGUAUCGCGUAUGGCGCACUUCCGCAUCCACGGGGAAGACUUCCAUUUUGGCAACGUUUCACUACGCUCCGGCAUAUCUUCAUUCGCUCUUUCUGAGCAAGGACUACGUGAUAUUGUGUGUCUGGAACUCGUUCUACAGAGCGGGUGGCGCAUCUAUUCUAUGGAAUCGAAAUCUUCUGGAUGCCAUGGUGUGGGAUGGCAAGCGGCCGACCACCUGGUUUGUGGUUGAUAAGCGGCCGCCAGAAGAGGGCGGAGAAGGUGUCAUUGCCAAAUAUGUUACCGAUGCAUUUUACUCCUUCCACACGAUCAAUGCAUAUGAAGAGCCAUCGCGAUCCCAGCAAGGCGCUGUUGACAUCGUGUGCGACCUGGCCGCAUAUGAAAAUAUGGAUGUUAUUAACCACUUCUAUCUCGACAACCUCAUGAGCGAUCAACCUCAGGCUCAUGCCUACACGGAUUCAUUGAGCUCCAGUUCGCGACCAAGCUAUCGACGAUAUCGCCUACCGGUCAUCCCAUCGACACCAAACCCCGGGUAUUUAAAGGCCCAUCUGGAGUACGAGAGCACGAAGGUCAACGCAUUCGAGCUGCCCACCAUUAACCCCAGAAUGGUGACAAAGAAGCAUCGUUACAUGUACGGAAUAAGUGACACCGGGAAAUCUACCUUCGUCGACGGUCUUAUCAAGUAUGACGCCGAAACACAUGCGACAACGAGGUGGAGUGUACAUGGUCAAAGCCCCGGGGAGCCGAUAUUCGUGCCAGACCCCCAAUCUGGGGAUGAAGACGGCGGAGUGCUAUUGUCGGUGGUUCUCGAUGGGACCGCGGGAAAGAGUUAUCUCCUUGUGCUCGAUGCGAAGACGAUGACAGAGGUCGGGCGUGCCCAUGUCGAUGGUGUGAUUGGAUUUGGAUUCCAUGGCCUGCAUGUUAGUUCCCGAGAGCCUAUUGGCAAGUUCAAUGGAUUGCAUUUGUAG